GUUAUUGGAUAAUAUCGCGGGUAUAGUGUGGAUUAUUGUGUUAAAAUAUAACGCGUUAAACGAGUUCUCCGUCAUCAGUGACUCAGUGCUCGUCUAUGAAUGUCUGUGUGGAACAUCAAAUUCACAUGAGAAAUAGCUUCUGUGCGCAUGGCUCAGGUGCGGCGCGCGGUCACGGAGGCGCUGUGGGGAGCGUGUGUCGCGGACUCCAUGUCGAUGCCCGUGCACUGGUACUACAACACCGCCGACAUCAGGAGCGACUUCAGCGGCUGGAUCACGGGACUCACCGCGCCGCGCGACAGACACCCGUCCAGCAUCCUGCGCCUGUCCAACACAGCUGGCAGCGGCCGUGUGACCGGCUCUGGAUCCACCGGAGCUGAUGUGGUGGGGAACGUGAUUCUGCACGAUAAGCUGAAGUUCUGGACGGAUCCGCGUGGAUCAGUGCACUACCAUCAAGGUCUUCAGGCGGGUCAGAACACCCUGAACGCUCUCUGUGCUCUGAGAGCCGCCCGCGUUCUGUCCGCCGGUGCGUUCGCCAGCGCGGCCGAUCCUGACGCACGAGCCGCCGUUCUGUCCGACUACGUGGAGUUCAUGACGAGUCCCGGCUCACACGACGACACGUACGCCGAGUCCUUCCACAGGAGCUUCUUCUCCGACUGGCAGGAGCUCAGACCCACGUCCUCCAGAGAGGUUCUGGAGUUCGCGGAGCGGCGAUCCAAACGCAUGUUGAACUCGUCCCGCGCCGACGGUCAGCUGAACGCCAUCGGCUGUCUCCCUAUGGCCAUUCCCUUCGUUCUGCUGUCUGCCACAGCCAAUGAGGAGGAAGCGGUGCGUGCGGCGGUGGAGCUGGUGAAGCUCACUCAUCCUCACGCGCAGCUGGAGCCGCUGGUGUCUCUGUACGCUCGCGCGCUUCACGCCACGCUGAACGGAGCCUGUCUGCGGCGGCAGGCGGAGGCGGCGCUCAAAUCGCCCGCGCUGGACGCCUGGGACGCGUGUCGACACUUCAUACAGCGGGCCGAGAGCAGGUUUCCAGCUUCAUCAGCCGAGCGUCUGAAGGUCCAUCAGAGCGCCGUGGAGUCUCUCGGACUCGCCUGCUACACACAAGGAGCUCUGACGAGCCUCUUCUACCUGGCGUACUGCUUUCAUGAUGACGUGACGGAGGGAAUCCUGACCAACACCAACUGUGGAGGUGAGAACUGUAACCGCGGCGCGGCGUUAGGGGCUCUUCUCGGCGCCCGGGCGGCGUACGCCGGGUCAGCCGUGCCUCAGCGGUGGAAGGACGGGCUGCUGGACGCUCCGGGGCGAAUCUCUGAAGUCCUGCAAGAUCUGAACUGCUCCACAUCAGCCUGACAGUCUUCUGCUCUUCUCUCGACUCAGAAGCCUCUGUUUACACACACACACACACACACACACAGGAAGUGCUGCCCACAGAUGAGGUUUCCAGCCUGACUUCCCCUCAUCUGUGUACCUGCGCCUCUCAUGACCUACUUGCAUAAUUCUCGCAUUAGAACUAUGUCUGUUUUAAAGAUUGAGUAAAUGAUAAUCGGAUAGCUUGAAUAUUUUACUCAAAACACUCUUUGUGUGUGUGUGUGUUUAGAGUUUUUAAUCUAAUGCAAGUUUUAAUAACCUUAUAUACAGUAGUUCUAGAAAAAUUGACAUUUAUUCAAAUAUUAUAAUAAAUUUGUUACAGAUUUUGUAGUCAUAUUGUGUAGUUGUGCUUGGAGUCGAUUGUUUUAUUUGUGAUAACGCAACAUGAGAACAUGACAAAUUGUGUGAUUUGGCCUGAUAAAUGAUGAACACGUGCAAAAACAAGAGAGAAGAAAUGAAAUAUUAAUAACUCGGUGUUUGCUUUUUAUUUAUGCAAUUUUUUUGCACAGUAAAAUGAAACCUGUAGCUGUAGUUUGCUUUUUUUUUGCCAAAUAAUUUUGUCAGAUAAAUACCAAGUUUAGUGAUUUGUUCUUCCCCCAUAUUUAAAAUAUAUAAAAUAACUUCCUAAUGUUUUGAUGGUUUAAAUCAAUUUGUCACUUUUGGACACGACUGUGGGUUUUUACUUGUUACUCGUCAUGGAAAUCGCUAAAGAAUCAUAAAAACAGCAAUAAUCAGAGAGCUGCUGUGUUUCAGAACAUGCUGAAGCGGCAUUGAUGAAGUUAAUUGAAUUAAAAUUGAAGGGAUCAUUUUAGAGUUUGAAGCAAAACUAUCUUCUGUCUUUUUUGGAAUAUCUUCUGUAGAUUAUAGAGAAUCCUAAAUGCUUCCGAUACAGUGUUGCAGAAUGUGAUCAUGUUAGAUUAGUUUCUGAUUGUGCAUCAUGUUUUCUUGUAUUAAAACACUUCACCUGUAAUGCAGCAGUUGAUCAGUGAUUGUGAUUAUUAUAUGCACUACUAUAAAUGAUAUUCUGCUUCUUUUGCACAUUUUGUGAAGGUGAACAUGCAGUCGUGUUUGUGUUUUGUUGUAAUUUUGUUAAAGAUGCAGUAAAUGUCUUGUUUGCAGCA